GGACCACCGAGACGCGUCGCUCCGGUCGCUUUCGCGUCUGCCAACGUCGCGUCGCGGUAGACGGUCGUCGUCAUCGCCGUCGUCGCAUCAAUCGCCAGGAGUCCGCGAGGACGAGAGAUUAUCACGAACGGAUCCGUGUCUCGCGUCGCGAGUGCCGCGCGAGAAGGACACCAUCGGGUGGCAACGACACCAUGAAUGUCCCGCGGGACUUGCCGACGAGAUAGUCUACGAGGUUGGCUGGCUGGCUGGCUGGCUGGCUCGCGGUUCACCCUCUCUCGGUCUUCAUCCCCGAGAGCCGGGAGACAUUUCUCUCGCUCGAGAGGGAUAAAGCGGGAUAGAUCGAUAGGCCAGCUGGUGCGCGUGUGUUCGCAGCAUUUUCGCGGUAGGCCGGUAGGUCGGUGGUGGUGCGCGGGGUGCGGCCCAGGAUGGUGAGGGCACCGAGCGUGGGACCUGCCGGCGGCCCGGCGGAUAUCAGGCGGAUCCAUCCCGGUCCCGAGAUCGCCAUGAAUCCGAGAAAUCUGCCCACGGCGUCCGCGAGUAUGCCGCCCGCUAUGCGAGGGGAUGCCAACGCCGUCGACAGAACGAUGCCCGUUUAUCAUCCCCAGGUGGACGUCUCCACGCAAGUGGAUCUUCACGGUGGCUACGGCGCUCCGGUCAACCUGGACUCGUGGGACCGUCGCGCGACGCCGUUGUACUCGCGCGAGGACAUCAGGGAGCAAUAUUGCAUCAACAGCCGGCAGCUGGAUGCCGUCGAGAAGUCCGGCGGCGGUUUCUUCGGAUGUCUGUCGACGAGAGGCCCGUCGCCAUGUAGCUCCACCAGGAAUUCCAUCCUUUCGGCGUGCGUGCGUAGCGUGCCCAGCGACGAGAACCUCUGCGACGCGCCCUAUCCCCGUAAACCCUUUGAGAUCAUGUACCGCCAGCCUUAUCCCCGCGGCAUGUCACGCUACGAUCUCGAGGACGAGGCGGAUUGGAUUCAGAGUUCCUACUUCAGGCGAAGGCCGAGAUCGUUCUGCACCGUGCCCGAUCCAAAGAGAUACACUUGGGUGCCGGAAGAUGAAGAAUCCAUGAGGUUAGAAGGUCCGCGGCCGGUAUUACCACCGAUAAUACCCUCUCCCCCCGCUUCCAUGAUGACAAUGCAAGGACCGCAAGCUCCGAAGACGAAGCACGUGAGCUUCGCGAGAUCGUACACGCUCACGUCGUUCGAAGUCCCGAGAAACAGAAGCCCACCGAGGCCACAUAAUCCGGAACGUCUUAUAGACUCGCAGCCGACAAUGCAGAAUACUAUACUGCCUUCGUCCUUGCCCUUAGCGCAUCCUUAUCCUGGCAUUGAGCCACGUGUCCUCGUACUUGAGAAACCACCUAAACGCGGCGCUAUGAAGACCCAGGCGACGCAAACCGAGAUCCCGGCGAUGUUUCGCGGUCGCGUGCUCCCGGUGACCCUGAGCCCCAGAACUAUCCAUCGUGUCAAGAUGGUUUCGCAGGGUGCUCAGACAAACGGUAUUUUCAACGGGAGAAAAUUGACCAAGAGCUACUCGGAAGCCGGACAAUUGGGGACGCCGCUCGGCGGCAGCCAGGUAGGCGCGCUGACGAAAGAGGAAACCGAGCACGAACCGCUCCACAGGACACAAAGCGAGGAACCACCGAGGUCGCCCUUUCUCGUUUCGACGACGCCACCGCCGCUGCCCUCCAACGCUACUGUCGUUAUUGAAGAAUCCUUGCCAAAUGGAGAUAUUGUUCCCAUCGGGAUUUCUCGGGAGCACCGUAAGUCCCUCGAUAUCGACGAUCAAGAGAUCUUUAUAAAUUUCAAACCGGCACCGGUGUCGCCGGAUGCGCGGGCGCUCCUCAGCCGAAUCUCCGAGCCUACGCGUAGAUUCCUACCCCUCCAGAAGACCUUCUCCGACGGCGAGAUCCGUAUCGAGAGACGCGAGCUGAUCGGCGAGAGUAGCGAGCCGAGUUAUCCUCACACCUGUAGGAGGAAUCAGCAAGACUCUUGGGGCAGAGCUGUCAGAACGCCCGUCCAAUUUUCCUCGACGCCCGAGGAUCUGUCCUUGUUGCGAAGCCUUUCGCCCCAAGAGGAUCAUCAUGAAGAGGAAUUCCACGAAAAUCUGAUACGUCGGGGUCUCUUCCGAAAGAGAAGCGUAUCCCUCGAGGACGGCGUGCAAGGUCUAUCGUCAGACGAUUUUAUGCUUCCUAGAUCACUUCCUACUUCACCCACAUCGCCAACCGCAGCAGCAGCAACGCCACGUAGGAUCUCGCAGACUCCGAAGGACGAUUCGUUGCCGAGCUGCGCCUUAUUGCACGCGGCAGUCUGUCCGGCUACCUUCAACACUGGAGUCAGCAUCACCGGUACUGGCAUCAUCGGCCAGGCUGCCUCGCCGUUCGCGUCGAGCGAUUCGCUGACCAACGACGUCACCAGGGACCACAGCGACGGGAUAUGGAAUGAGUCGCAGGCGACUGUUCUCCAAGCCGACUCGUUAGCUCUAUUAACGCCGUCCUCGAGAAGGAGGCAUCUUCUGUUACUGCAACAUCAGCAACGCUCCUCGAUGGACACUGAGGCUCUCGAUGUCGAAGACGAAGCGGAGCCUUGUCCGCCGAGUCCACGAAUACGACUGGAACCGGCCACUCCGGUGCAACCUCUCACACCAAGACGCCAUUACAGAAUACAAGAUCUGUUACCGAUACAGUUUCAACAAAUUUACUACAAUGAUGUAUCUACAACAGCACAAUUUUAUGCCUACGAUAUUAUCGAAUCGUCUAUUUCUGCAAAUAACGGCCGGCCGAGGAGCGGAUUGCGUCGCGCCAGUCCAUGUCCGCCGUUGUCUCAGCCCCAGUCGCAGUCGUCGAGCGAGUUCGGUUUAAGCCUGGCGAGGACUGACUCGGGCGGCCGCACCAACACCGAUCUCUCCGAGACCUCCGAGGAUUAUGUCACUGCCAAUACUUCUACGGAAACCGGGACCACCACUGGCACAAGCGCCACGACCAGCUCCUGGUCAAGGCCGCCGCAGACGUCCAGCGCCGCGGCAUCGGCGGCGUCGGCGCCGGCUUCGACCACCGCGACUGCCGCGGAAGGUAGCUCCUUUGAAAGCGCCAGCUCGAUCUACAGCCUGGCGAGAAGCGAGGCCGUUGUCGAAGAGCCGUGUAGUCCGCCGCCGAUUUUAGAGGAAGCGGAAAUCGCAUUCGGAUUAGAACUACCUCCGCCCUCGAUGAGGUCCAGCAGCAGCAGCAGCUCGGGUAGCUACGAUCUAAAGGACGCGAUGACGGAUCCGAAUAAUGAUCUCGAGCAGGUUGCUUCACCCAGUGGGCAUACCUCAGAGACUGAAUUAGAUCGAGAUGAGGGUCACCGAUCGUCGUCCGGAGGUUACGCCGAGUCGCCGCCUGACAUCCGCAUGUGGAGCGAGGAGGAGCGUCGCCGGAAAAAGAAGAACUUUAGCCUGGACUUCCUCGGGACUGCGUCGAGCAAUGUCGAGCUAGAGCACGGCGCGGAGCCGGCGUAUCCGGAGAACGUCGAGGUCAGCCCGACGCCGAGCCACCGUCACCGAUCGCGAAGCAAGCCGACGUCGGCACGAAGUCCCCAUCGUAAUAACAGAAAGCGAGACGCGAUGCAACAGUCGGCACAGCUGCAACAGCAGCAGCAGCAGCAACAGCAGCAGCAACAGCAGCAGCAGCAGCAGCAACAACAGGCGCUCAGCAGAAGUCCACAGAAGGAGGAAUGGAGGGUCGAACAAGUCGAGGACGGUCCUCACGCGCCGACAUCCGACGAUUCCAGCUGCAGUCAUCAUUAUCACAUGCAUCACCAUCAUCAUCAUCAUAUGCAUCGGGACGGUGUGGAAGGUGGAAGGCAUCGUCGGACCAGGGAAAGCCCGAGGAGAAAGACCAGCGGUUACCUCUCGACCAGAAGACGUAGCAAUGAGGAUAAAAACGCGGCGUUAACGGGCAGCUUGCCGCGAAGAAAAUCCCGCCUCGCGGACGAUAUAGUUUGCGCGAGUCGUCUGAGUCCCGGCCGUUAUCAGCGAAGUCCGGGGCAUAACGGUCAUCGGGCGAUCGUCAUCGAGGCGCAGAGCCCGGAGGCGAGACUGAAGGCACUGUCCGCGGAAUCGUUAAGAUCCGUCAGCCCCGGCAGUGACAGCGUCUUUUACAGCGAGAGCGCCGAUCAGCCCUGCAUCUCGGCCGUCGCCGCUUUGGACGCCGCGCACUGUCAUCAUUGCGGCAGAGAGGUGUCGGAAGAGAUCGUUCGACCACCGGCAGGUUUCGCGGACUCUCCGGAAGGACAUCGAACAUCUUCCAAGCACGUUACAGGGCACCGGUUGUACAAGAAGUUUGACAAGAGGUACAGAUCGGAGGAUCGAGGAGACCGUAGACAUCGCCGUGGCAGUGCCGGUAGAUCGGACAUACGAGCCAAAUCGGAGGAGAGAGCCACCCCUCGAUCAGGGAGCAGAGGUUCGAUCGACGACACUGGUAGAAGAAGGCUGCAAGCUCGAAGUACCGAUGUCAGUAUGGAGAUUCUCACGGGACGAGAAGACGAAGAUACUUAUGUGGAACCGUACACGAGCAGCGAAUGGAUUUAUAUCGGGGAUCUCGAAGAGAGUCACGUGUGGAAAAGGCCCGACAGCAGAGACGGUGACGACGACAUCACGGACAGUGUCCAUAAAGAGAGACGGGACUCUCAAGAAUCCACGGAGAGCGAGAAAAAUUUUAAAAAGAGAUAUCAAGCGGCCACGCAUAGAAUGGUGCACCGAAAGAGCAGCGUUGAGAUGUACAAGAGGAUACAAACAAAGUGUUUUGGUGAACCGACGAUGGUGUGUAAUUCCGCGAGUUCCGAGUGCGCGAUGAAAGUGGAUAGAGACGUGACGUUGAAGCAAGCUCUGGAAGAGCUGCUCAAAUGCAUGCUCAGGGUCUGGUGCAGGGAGAGUCAAGCUCUGGCGAAAUUUGGCGCAUCAACGACAGAGAGCGACAAGAGGGUAAUCGUGAAACGCGAGGCUGGCGGCGAGUUCGGAUUCCGCAUUCACGGCUCGAAACCCGUAGUGGUUUCCGCGAUCGAGCCGGAUACGCCGGCGGAGAGUUCCGGCCUCGAGGUCGGCGACAUCAUCAUGUCGGUGAACGGCAGAAGCGUCAUGGACGCCACACACUCGGAGGUCGUAAGGCUCGCGCACUCCGGCACAGACGUCCUGGAGCUGGAAGUGGCGAGGACCUGCAACGUGCUGGCGCCGCGUAUCACGCGCACGGGAGCGAAGGAGGGCGUCGACGAGGCGCCGCUCUGCUCGGGAUACUUGUGGAGGAAGUCCACGUCGUCCAGCACGGAGAAGUGGGUUCGCAGAUGGUUCGCUCUUCGUCGUGACAACUGUCUGUAUUGCUACAAGACUGACUCGGAUUCGCAACCGGUGGGGGCGGUGAUGCUCCUCAAGUACGACGUGGAGCAGACGCCCGAAUUGAGAGUGCACAGUUUCGCGAUAAAGAAACAAGGCGCACCGACGUUACGACUUGCAGCCGAUACCGAAGAGGCGGCAGCUCGAUGGACCAUAGUUAUACGCGAAGCAGUCGAGAGGAACAAUCAGAUUGACACUUGGCUGGACUCCUCGCUAAGAAUGAGAGAGAUGGCCGCGUGCGCUAUCGCGAGGCCGGACUGUUUCGGAUAUCUGAGCAAACAGCAGGAACACGCGCGAAAAACGUCCUCGCCCACCGGCUGGUCCAGACGAUAUUGCGUGUUGAAGGACGCCGCGUUGUAUUUCUACGAUGACGCCAACGCGGAGAAAGCGUUCGGCGUGGCGUGUCUGCACGGUUUCAGGGUACACGGCAGCGCGCCCAGCUCCGGCGGCCGGAAGCACGCUUUCGAGCUGCAGCCACCGGAUCCCACGCAGAGAAGUUACAUCUUCGCCACGGAAUCGGAAAUGGAUAAGAAACGAUGGUUGGCUGCCCUUGAGUAUUCGAUUGAUCGAUGGAUAAAGAUAGGUUGAUGCGAAAGAAUCCGCCCUACGACGAAUCCAACGAGUCGCAGUAGCGAACAUCGUCCAAGGAAAUCCUCGUCCGUAUCCGUUUCCGGUUCCUAAUAUGUCGCGAAUCAGCCGCGACGAUCGCCGUUGGUUCCCUCGACGAUCAUUACAUAUAUACAUACGUACACAAAUACACACAUACACGCAUACACAUGGCUUGGAUGUUUCGCCAAGAUUUUCAUUUCAACAUUAUUGAAUUUCAUCGUAUCACGAUCAUCAUUGUAACUGCUGAUUAACAGUGACGUUUACGUGAAGUUGUUCGAAUAAAAGUCAACGCUGAAAAACAACUCGGCAAACCUGUGUCCCAUUUUCUGCGCGAUCAGUCUCGUCGCUGUCGUCGUUGCUUGUCAUCGGAAUUGUUUAUCAGCAGUAAUGCAAUUCCAUUAAGACCAGAGACUAAAAUCGAUGACUAUAAUCCUGCAGAGCGAGUUUGAUUUUCGAUGCUACAGAGAUAGAAAAAUAUAGCUAGAGAGAGAGAGAGAGAGUGAUUGCAUUUUCUUCGUCGCGAGUAAACGUAAACAAACGCAUUUACACGGCUCUGCACCAUCAAGUUCCAAGCUCGUCGAGAAGUUAUAUUUGAUCUCGAUUUUCAGGAUUAGACUUUUUUUUAGAACUCAUCCUGCUACGCGUCAAGCUCUCCCAUUUAAUCCCGCAUCCUGUCCACAUCAUACAUCUCAUCGUUGAAUAUAGCGCUUCGCUGAAUUUGGGUCAAAACGCGUAGUUGUAAAGAAAAGAAAAAGAAAUUAUGGAUACUAUAAAAAAACAAAUCUCUCGAGAGUUUUAUAAUAACGAGAGCCAUUCGCGACGGGUUCCUCUCUGAUACGUCUGCGAAAACGAGAACCCUUCAAGGUUGUGUUCGUCGCUGAAACUUUAUACGCACAUAAAAAAAAUUCUAUAGCUGAGAGGAGUGAAUAUAAAAAAAACUUUUUAAGAACGAAACACAAAACGCAAAUCUCGAACGUUUAAUAAUUAUAUAACAACGUGACUCGGUAGGGAAAAGUAGAGUACGCUUCGCGAGCCGCGACACGCGUACGUGCAUGCGUAGCGAUAGUUAUGCGUACACGGUAUACACGUGCAUGUUAUGGAAUUGCCAUUAAUUAUAAUAUGUAUCGUUAUUCUUACCAACAACGCCAAUACUUGUCAACAAUCGAAAAAAGAAAAAAGAAAACACUCCGCGGGAGGAGAAGAAAGAUCCAAUCUAAUAAAAAUUGGAGACAAACGAAAUAAUGGCGUGUGCGGGUGUGUCUAGAGAUAUUAUUGCGUGCGAAUUCGUACAUUUAUCCACGUGCGAUGGAAAUAAAAGUCGAACAUGUUGCGCAUCGCUGUCAGAAAGUCGCGCGAAAGGGAGGAAGCGCGAUAGAAGAUCAGCGUAUAUACAUUUUAACAAGAAGAUAACCCUACACUGGCACAUCAGGUUCAGAUCCUGUCCGCUCCUACCGGUGUAUACAGAGUGUUCCAGAAUUACCGAUACAUAUUUUACAGAUAGUCAAAACCGAAUUUUUAACAACAAACAUACAAUGAAUCCAUUUUUUAACAUACCUUGUAAUAAUACAUAUAUGUACAUGUAUACAACUUUUAUUUUUGAAUUUAUUCUAAUUUUACUUUGAAAAAAGAUUUUAUACAAAAAUUUAGAGAGCAAAAUUUUUAAUGCCGGUUUUAUUUCAUGUUACAAAAAUUCAGAAGUGUGGAAGGUUCACGAUUCUUUUAAAAGAAAAAUCAAGUCACAAAUGAUCCAAGCAAGUCGUUAAAAUAUGUACCGAUGGUUCAGAGAGAGAAACACUCUAUAACAUUUUUUAAAGAUCUUUUCAUUUUUAAAAACUUCUUUCAGAUUAUAUAUAUGUAUAUAUAAUAGUACAUAAAAUUAUUAAACUUAUUUCUUCUUUUAGACACGGUUUUAUUAGCCUUAUAUUGCGUUUUAUUUAUGUUGCUCGAUAAAGAGAACGAACUAACGUAAAAUGACAGCGGUAUGAUGAUGCAGGAUUUUCGAAGAGAGUGUCAAUCCUAUAUUCUACGGAAAGUGAAUGACAGAUAAAGGGUUAAGGGAACGAGACGAGACGCGCGUUAUGACGCCGAAUUUAAUAGCGUUCCUUCGAUGAACGCGACCGUCGCAAACAUGAAAAGAGAAAAAUGAGAAGAUGUAGGCGCAAAGAAUAAGGCAUGUACCAACGAUAUCGUCGCUACAAAGUGCACACAUUCAUGUUCUGUUAGGAUUUAUCGGGGAACGAUACGUUUGAAAACAAAAAUUAUGUAAAUCGAAAAGAGCCUGAUCAACCGCUCAAAAUUUCCAAUAAUAAAAUAGAAAGUUUAGUAUAAUU